CGACAUUCUCAAGAAUUCGCCCAGCUUGAAAAUUGUGCGAAAGCUGUGCAAUCGUGGAGUGGUUAGCGUAGAUUUCAAGCGUCACUUCAAACAGCAGUUUGGCGCUCUCAAAGCAGCCGUACACAGGGAAUCAGUACCUGCAGUGGAUGACGAAGACUAUUGGUUAGAAAUACGUAACCAGUUUGCUUAUGAUGAGAAUGAUCAAAAUGACGCGAUUCCUAUUAAUGCUGCAAAUUUUGCACCAACUUUUCAUCCUGUCCAAUUGUUGAUGAACGAAUUUAAUCUGGAAUUAAAUAAGAAUAUCUCCAUACAAAACCGACUGGAUAAUUUAGCAAUGAUAAUUGAUGAAGCUCAUCAAGUCAUUGCAGCGCAACUGGGUGUAGCAAGAACAGAGGUCGCCUUCAUGCGUAAUGGAACUGAAGCAAAUAACAACGUAAACAAUGGCCAGCUCUUACAACCAACUGAUGAGGUCGUUCUGUGGGCACAAAACCACCCAACAAAUCAUCAGGCAUGGUACAUACGUCAAGCUCAAACACCGUUUGUAAUUCACGACAUACCUGCCAAUCUAAAUGGUGCCAUUACCGACGAAGAGAUUGUUGCGCAAUUUGUCAAUGAAGUUAACGAAAACACCAAAUUUCUUACAUUCUCUCACCUGUCAAAUGUCAGUGGUCUCUUGCUACCUGCAGAACAAAUAUGCAGGGCUGUUCAUAGCGUCAACCCCGAUUGUCACGUGCAUGUUGACGGUGCAAUGACCUGGGGAUGCAUGAAUUUGAAUUUGGCACAAAUGGACUGUGACAGUUACUCAGCCUCUGCUCACAAGUGGUUUCUUGGACCCAAGGAAACAGGGUUGUUCUACAUGAAAUUAAGUCGCAUCCCAAACUUUACUCCUAACACGUUUGGGUACGAUCCAAUGAUCGUCGUCCCUGAAGAGCUUUACACUGACGCGCGAAGAUUUGAGCUUCUUGGUCAGCGUGCCGAUCCUAGCUUAAUGUGCUUAUUAUGCACAGCCGAGAUAAUGGAGGACAUUGGUUUCCAGAGCAUCGAAGACAGAGUUCGCUACCUUGGUACUAUUGUCUUUGACGGCUUUUCAGGCUUUGAUUUCCCCAUGACAACACCAUCUGACGUAAACCAAAGGCUUGGCGUUGUUAUUGGUGGCGUAGAUCCAGACUGGGGUGCAAACCUGUACAACUAUCUUUAUGAUACCCACAGAAUUGCUGUUGCCAGUACAAGCGGUAUACGUGCUUCACCACACAUUUGCAAUAUACCAGAUCAGCUUCAAUCAAUGCUAGAUGCAAUUGAGGAGUACAUUGGACUAUAUCCACCACCUCCACCACCGGAAACAGUGAUUUAUAGUAAAUGGUAAACAAAUACAAACCAAAUUAGUAGAUGAAAUUAUGUUUGCUCAAUGAUUUUGGGAUUAAAGUUAACGAUAUAUUAAGUAGUCAUGGUAACAAUGUGAAAAAUUGUUAAAUAAUGGUAAAAAUAUUCUGUUAGUGGUUUGCAAAUUCAAGAAAACAAUAUUACUUUCAAUAAAAAAUGGCAUCACAAACUUUAUUAUUUGGUUGGUUAUUGUGUAAAUUGUUUGAGGAUAAAUGACAAAAUCAGUUAUCCCUUGACACUGUGAACAUCUUUAUUAUGUAAAAAUUUAUAGUGGGGUGGUUAUUGCAUUCUCACUUAUAUUUUAUGUAUAAACAAUUAUAUGUAAUUUAGUAUUGAUCAUAAUAUAGUCCUAACAAAAAAGUGGCAAACUUUGGUUAAGUAAUUUUUCAUUUGUUUAAUUAGGAAAUGAGGUGCAAAGUUUUCUUUAGUUCUUUCAUUGCAGCUCAUUUAGUGUACCAAAACAUCGAGAAGGAAAAGGGAUUACUUUUAGUAACUAGAAGUUACUAUCGCAAGGAGGUUGCUGCCGUCAAUCAUAGAAAAUAUUCUUUUCCUAUCCAGCAAGACAAAAUUCAACAGUGUUUCAAACAAAUUGUAAUAUAUCUUUUACAAGUCAAUACAAAGAUACUGCAAACGUUCUUGUUAACUAUAAUAGAGGUUAAUAAAUGUUUAAUUAUAAAGUCAAAUGUAAAUUUCAGAAACAUUUAUUAGUUUUAUGAGCAGAGAGUCAUAUGUUAUAAAGAGUUCUGGUAAAUUCAAAA